UUCCAGAGCACCGAGUACAGCAUCCUGGUGAUUGGCGUGCCCAACGUAGGCAAGUCAUCGCUCAUCAACUCCCUGCGGAGGCUGCACCUAAAAAAGGGGAAAGCCACUGCGGUCGGUGGUGAGCCGGGCAUCACCAAGGCGGUGCUGACCAGAAUCCAGGUCUGCGAGCAGCCCCUGAUGUACUUGGUGGACACGCCUGGCGUGCUGCCCCCGAAGCUGGGGGACGUGGAGACGGGCAUGAAGCUGGCACUGUGUGGAGCCAUCCGUGACCACCUGGUAGGAGAGGACAUCAUGGCCGACUACCUCCUGUACACCCUGAACAAGCGGCAGCAGUUUGGGUGA